AUGACUUAUGCGCGACCUAAGCGGUUUCGUGUGACGACGUCGACGUCACGGUGGGUUGACUGGCCAAGCGACGAUUUCAACCAAUCAACGAUCGUUACAGCGUCGCACCAGUGGAGUCCCUCGAUGCAGCGUGCGUUGCAGCGGGUCACGGCGUCGCUCCCGGAUGGUGCGCGCUCGCUCCGUACUGCUCGUGGCGGUCCGCAGCGCCAUAAGGACCACAUGGCCAGGAUGGCUAGACUUGAAGCGCAGGCACAGACCAGCGAGCGUGCUCGACUGGAACAGCGUCAACGCGUGCUGGAAGCGCGGAACCAGCCACCAGUCAUUCCGGCGUUCAUUCGCGUACGGGACUUGGCCAAAGCUUUGCGUCAGCCGCUGGAUAAGGUACUAAAGCAUACGGUGAUCAAGUCGGACCGUCGGUUCCAUCUCAAGACAAAGAACCACCCGCCGGCUGAAUUUAAAGGCGUGAAGCAGAUUGUGCUGCCCUUCCGAGUGGCUCAGGAGGUGGCGGAGCAGCUUGGCGUGCAAGUAGCUUACGAUGAUGUGGAGCCAGAACUACUGGAGGUUUUGUCGUCUUGUGACGAGGAGAAGUGUCUGGGUCGUCGGCAGCCAGUGAUUGCUGUCAUGGGCCACGUGGACCACGGCAAGACGACAUUGAUGGACACUCUUCGAAGCCAUAUGGAGACAAGCAAGAAGAUGAUUGCACCGUUUGAGAAGCAGGGAAUUACGCAGAAGAUCAAUGUAUGUGAAGCGACAUUGACACACGAUAUGAAGGCGACGUUCUUGGACACACCUGGCCAUUUUCACUUUUUCCGGAUGCGCUCAAGUGCGGCGCAAGUGGCCGAUGCUGCACUGCUGAUCGUUGCGGCAGAUGAAGGUGUGCUAUUGCAGACGGAGGAGUCGAUUGGUGCGAUUGAGGAAACUCGACUGCCGACUUUGAUCUGCAUCAACAAAGUCGACGUAUUGGGUGAAGACGGUGACAAACGAGUUGCUGCUAUUGUGGAGGAACUACGAUCGUUUGUUGCCUUGGAGGACUCCCCUGUGUUGAUCAUAUCGGGAAAGACAGGAGCUGGAUUAGACGAAUUGCGGCACACGGUGCGGAAACUGGUAAACAAAUUGGCAAGUGAUCGCAAACUUGAUGCACUAGUUGGGCCUCAAACACAUGCUGAGGGACUUGUGCUAGAAAGUGUCGCGCUGAAAGGACGUGGAACGGUGCUCCGUGUGUUAAUUAAGAAUGGGGAGCUAGUAGCUAAACAGCAUUUCGUAGCUGGUAUGAUUCAUGGCGUGGUCCGUAGCAUGCAAGAUGCCGAAGGCCGGGAUGUCAAGCGUGCGUUGCCCGGAACUGUUGUGGAUAUAACGUACUCGAACAAGUCAAAGAACGUCGAUGCACCAAAUGAACACGGUUUCUUUGUGCUUCCUGAACCCCGUGCAAAGCAGGUGCUUGAACAAAGGGAACUUGCCUUGGAGUUUCGUGACUGUCUUCUGCCCGAUGAUGGUGGUGCACACGCAAGGGCUGAUGCUGAAUAUAGGUCAAUGGAUGACGAACAAACAGCCACAGACGUGCCUGGCGCUGGGGAGAGUAGUGGUGCAGCCGAAUGCGAUGUCAUUGACGAAAACGAUUUGAUCCCAACGAAGUCUAUCAUCGUGAAAGCGGACGGUGCUGGAUCGCUCACCAGCAUCCAAGACACGGUGGAUGAGCUGUCCGGCAUAUCGACUGUGCGAUUGGGCAUCGGCAACAUAUCGGUGAAGGACAUCGAUACGGCCAUUGAUGGCAAGUGUCCUAUAUUCGGCUUUAACGUAAAGCUGCGCGACCGCGAGGCAAAGCUGGCUUUGAAGAGAGGUGUACGCGUCAUUUUACGCUCCACCGUUCACGAGCUGAUUGAAGAGAUUACUGCUUUCGAGCAGUUCGAAUCGGAGAAAUCGGACGCAGCAAGUGAGUGA